GCGGUCUUUGAAUGCAAGCUGGUGAUGACUGACUGACUGACUGCGUGGAAGGAAGCGUGUCAUUAUUUUCCUAUUGACAGCUAAGCUAGCCAGGGAUAUAAUAUUUGGGGAGGAGGAGAAUCAGAAGAGAGAUCAUGCUUUGUCAUUGAGGACCUCCGUUUAGCCAACAGUUUAGCCUCCGGCUGGCACGUCCGACGCUCAGAGCAAUCAGCAUGCAGGCAGCAUCAGCACCCCGAUCUGUUAUCAUCAUCUAGGCUACACUCUGAUUUAGCAAUACCUGGAUACCUGGACGUCAUUCAUCGAUUUACUGGUCAUGCACCCUAAUAUGACCGUCGCGCCGAAGCGGUACAAACUGUUGCAACCGGGAGAGCAGGAAGCAGCACGUUCCAAGUGUCAAGUAAGAUUCGACCUGUUCCUGUCCUGCUGCAGAACGCCGUCACUGCUUUUGGAAUCCUCAGCCGUUUGAGUUUAGGAAAUAUAUGAUUUGUUAUCACAGCUCAUAUAUUCUUGUUUCUUUUUCAAACGCGUUUUAUUUUGUAGCCCAGGCUAGUGAGCGUCUGUAUCAUCCUUUCUUCAAUAGGCCUACCCAUAAUGGAUAGGUUUCAUUCUUCCAUGCGCAAAAGGCUGUACAGCUUGCCGCAAAACAUUGGCCAAAGAGGCUCUGUCUCUGUGAUGAUUGACGACGGAGGAGAAUACGGUGGUGGCGAUAAGGACACAAAGAAGAAAAGUACCGGUAUCAGGCUGAAGCCUCUUCUCCUUCCUGGAUCUCCAUCCUCCGUCAGCAGCUCUAAGAGAAACGGAGACAGGGACCCCAAGAGCAGGACCGCCGGAGACUUGGAAACGGACGUUGCCGUUAAGACCAACUUAAACGGAGACUGUCGCCUUUUUAGAGGUAGCCGCUCUUCCAUCACUGGUCGGCGCACUCUUGGGUCAGAUCCAGCGGAGCAGCGGAGGCUGAUCCCCGAGGUAGACGCCGGCGCUAACGAGGAGAGUUACCCCGGAGGAGAGACUGGUUCUGGGGCCGAACAGGGAGCGCAGGAUUCCGUUGGUCGCAGUGCUAGCGCAUUCCGCCGCUCGUCCGUCUUCGAUCAGUCCACUUUAAUCAAGUUAGAAGGAACCGAACCGAUCAUGCCAGACGAAGUAGAGCAGUUGUAUCGGGCGGGUUUCAUGCACCGGCAGUUCGGAGCGAUGCUUCAACCAGGAGUCAACAAGUUCUCUCUGAGAAUGUUGGGGAGCGAGAGGGCCGUGGAGCACGAGAGGGAACGUGUGAAGUCUGCAGGAUUCUGGAUCAUUCAUCCAUACAGUGAUUUUAGGUUCUACUGGGACCUGAUAAUGCUGUUCCUCAUGGUGGGGAACCUCAUCAUCAUACCUGUGGGCAUCACCUUCUUCAAGGACGAGCACACUCCCCCCUGGAUCGUCUUCAACGUCAUCUCAGACACCUUGUUCCUCAUCGACCUGGUCCUCAACUUCCGGACGGGCAUCGUCAAGGAGGACAACACAGAGAUCAUCCUGGACCCACAGACCAUCAAGAUCAAGUAUCUGAAGAGCUGGUUCAUGGUGGACUUCAUCUCCUCCAUACCAGUAGAUUACAUCUUCCUCAUCGUGGAGACCAGGAUCGACUCAGACUUCUACAAGACGGCCCGGGCGCUGAGAAUCGUGCGGUUUACGAAGAUCUUGAGUUUGUUGAGGCUGCUCCGGCUGUCUAGGCUCAUCAGAUAUAUACAUCAGUGGGAAGAGAUUUUCCAUAUGACUUAUGACCUGGCCAGUGCCAUGGUGAGGAUUGUGAACCUGAUUGCUAUGAUGCUGCUGCUGUGUCACUGGGAUGGAUGUCUGCAGUUCCUGGUUCCCAUGCUGCAGGAAUUCCCCUCUGACUGCUGGGUCACCAGGAACAAGAUGGUGAAUGACACGUGGGGCCAGCAGUACUCCUAUGCCCUGUUCAAGGCUAUGAGUCACAUGCUGUGUAUCGGAUACGGUAUGUACCCUCCUGUUGGCCUGGCGGAUGUGUGGCUCACCAUACUCAGCAUGAUCGUGGGUGCCACGUGCUACGCCAUGUUUGUAGGCCAUGCAACCGCUCUCAUCCAGUCACUGGACUCUUCCCGACGGCAGUACCAGGAGAAGUAUAAACAGGUGGAGCAGUACAUGUCCUUCCACAAGCUUCCUGCCGGCAUGCGGCAGAAGGUCCAUGACUACUACGAACAUCGCUUCCAGGGCAAGAUGUUUGACGAGGAGAGCAUUCUGGGGGAGCUGAACGAACCGCUCAGAGAGGAGAUUGUCAACUUCAACUGUCGUAAGCUGGUUGCUUCGAUGCCUUUGUUCGCCAACGCCGACCCCAACUUUGUGACGUCAAUGCUGACCAAGCUGCGCUUUGAGGUGUUCCAGCCUAUGGAUAAUGUAGUUAUGGAAGGGACCGUCGGCAGAAAGAUGUACUUCAUCCAACACGGGGUGGUCUGCGUCAUCGCCAAGGGCACCAAGGAGACCAAGCUGUCUGACGGGUCCUACUUUGGAGAGAUCUGCCUGCUGACUCGAGGCAGAAGAACGGCCAGUGUUCGCGCUGAGACGUACUGCCGUCUGUACUCUCUGUCUGUGGAUAACUUUAAUGAGGUCCUGGAGGAGUACCCCAUGAUGAGACGGGCCUUCGAGACCGUAGCUCUGGACCGGCUGGACCGCAUAGGAAAGAGGAACUCUGUGCUCCAACACAAAGUCGCCCAGAACUCAGGAGCUGUGAACCUCCAGGAGAAUGAGAUCAUCCAGAGGAUCGUACAGCAUGACCGUGACAUGGCUAUCCAGAGCAACAUCUCUCCCGUGUCCCUGGACCUCCCAUCCUCCACCUCAGGGGUCAUCUGGGCUCCCUUGGUCCAGGGCCCCCUCCAGGCCGCUGCAGCCACCACAUCCCUGGCUCUGGCCUUCUCCCACUCCCAGCUCCAAGCCCAGCUCCCUCCCAUCCUCUUCCACCAUCCGCUCCCCGUCUCCAGGUCGUUCAAGGAUCCAGGAGGCCACCGUUUGGAGAGGGGCGUGUUUGUGGGCGUGUCUGCAGCUGGAGGUAUGGGCGUUCCCGGCUGUGGCUCCGGGGCUGCAUCCCCGGCCGGUUCUGUGAAGUUCCAUUCUGGAGUGGACACUCCGAUAUUAGCCUCGUUUCGGGCGCAACAUCUAGUCUCCACCUCCUCCUCCAUGUCUCCUCUGUCACCUAUGACCUCCAUGUACCAGCCCACCACCACCAACUUCCAGGCCCAGCCCAGCGGAGGCUCUCCCUUCCCCUUGGGCCAGGCCUCAAUCCAGGGGUAUCCGUCCUCCUCCUCCUGCGCAGCCCAGCUCCAUCACCACCACCACCACCACCACCCCUACAGCCCACCAAGUUCCCACCAGCAGGGGGCAUCAGGGAGACCCACCAUGAACUCGGGAAGGUUCUCAGCCCCCUCUGGUUCCACCCUAAGCCCUCUCAUCUGUAGCUCGGUCAGCCCCAUCCUGAGCCAGCUACAGCAACACGACUCCUCUUCCUCUCACGCUACCAGCUCUCAGCACGUCCAGAGGGGGAUGGGCUCUGGUGAACAUCAGGAGAGAGCAGGCCACCUCCUCCCCCCACACUCCCACUGUUCCUACGCCAGCACCAGCCCUAGCUACACCACCCAACACCACUGCUCCAGUGGGUUUUUAUCUAUACCUAUCCCACAACAGGCCAGCCUUGGAGGUGGUGGAGCCUCAUCCUCCCUGGUGCAUCACAGCCUGGCGGGUCUGCAGUCCAGCCUCCAUCCCACCCUCCACCCAGGCCUCCACGCUGGCCUCCUCCCUCAGGUUCUCCCGGUGGACUCUGCCCAUUCUUCCCACUCUGCCCUAGCCUCACUGGCCCAGUACGGAUCAGGGGAUGGCUCCCCGUCCUGCACCCCACCGGGGGCACCCAGCCCCACCAUCCAGAGCCCACUGACAGGAAGGACGGUGCUUCACCAUCAUCACCUCAGCCAUCUCAGCCAGCUCCACAGCCAACCCUCCAGCGCCAUGGGCUCUCACAGCUCCCUCACCCCACAGAUGUCAUGCCCCGCUAGGGUAGACGAAAGGGGGCAGAGGGCAGAGUCCUUAGUGGAUCUCUUCACCCAGGAUGUCAGAACUAUCUCCACUGUUUCCACCUCUGGCUCAGGCAACUACCUGCCCCAAGAAGGGUCUCUAUCCAAACCGUCUCUCGCCAUACCUUCAGGGGGGUCUGGUUCUUCUCACUUCUCCUCUCCUCCCAUGGCAGAGGGUAGCAGUAAUAAACUCCCACGUCACACCUCUGAGUCACUACACUCCCUCGGGAUCUGAACUUCCAACUCCUGUGAACCAAGGAGCACCGACCUCUUCGCAUCCCAACCCCAGUCACCCUGCUACCCCGGCCAAGACAUCCGGGGCAGAGUACAGACUCUCCAAACUCCCCUCCAACCUGUGAGGUUUAAACACACCCUCCUGCGAUGUCUAAACUAUGGGGAAAUUGUCUUCGAUAUUGGCAUUGUGUUUUUUAAUCGCUAGUGUAGGUUUUCUAAUUCAAGGAGGGUGUGAAUGAGUGCAUAUCCAUAUUGGAGGAAAAAAACUUAGGACAGAGAUGUAUUUUUAAUGCAGAGUGAAUGACCUGACGUACAAGGACAGAGUUCCCAGCGGGCGAAACCAGUUCUGGUUGUAAACGAGUGGUAAUGACGUCAUUUCAGCCAUCUUUGCCCGCUGGGUUAAGUAUUUUUCUACAGUACAAUGUUACUACUGUAUUAUGUUGAAUGUGGAGGCACUGUACCAAUAUGGAUUGUUGGAUAAUGUUAAACCACAAGAAAGUAUACUGAUCAAUUUCCAAUAAUGUACAAUAUGUAUUGUAGCCUAUAUCCUCACAUUGUAAUUUUGUGUUAAUGUAUUUGUUUAAAAGCUGUUGUUCAGACAUACACUAUAUAUACAAAAGUAUGUGGACACCCCU